GUUGUUCUUAGCCGUUGCUGCAUUCGUAUUUUCGGCGUCGGUUAUUUGUUUUAUACUUUUUAUUUCAAUUAUUGGUUUAUAGCGGACAUGUCGAGAAUGGCUAAAAGAUCACGUUCGAGGUCGCCCGCAUCUGUUCGCACCCGUUCUCAAUCGCCUAAAAAAUGGAGGAAACCUGAUCGAAGAGGAAUGGCCGAUCGAGGUGACAAGAAAGAGGAGAGGGUGAGAGUCUACGUUUCUAAUUUACCUUACGAUGUCAAGUGGCAAGCACUAAAGGAUAUUUUUAAAGACAAAGUUGGAAAUGAUGUUACAUAUGCCCAGCUGUACGAAGAUUUGGAUGGAAAGCCAGUCGGAGCGGGAGUUGUAGAGGUCAGAAAUCGUGAGACGGCAAUGAAAGCCAUCGAGGAAUUGGACAGAUUUGAAAUCAGAGGAAGGAAGAUCAUAGUGAGAGAGGAAAGAGAAAAAGACAGACAGAGACACAACCGGGAUCUUGGUCUGCACAGGAAUGAAGGUGGGAUGCCAAUAAGUGGUGGAAGUGGAAAUUUUAUGGGAGGACCAAACAUGAUGUCAGGAGGUGGAGCACCUCAAGGAUUCACUGCUGAUUGGUUGAACCAGUUAGGCAUUGAUGUCACUCAAAUCACUAACCAAGUUUUCGUUGCUAAUCUAGAUUAUAAGGUGACCAAGUCAAAACUCGAGGAGGUAUUCAGGAUGGCUGGCAAUGUCAUUGAGGCAGAGUUGAAGUUGGACAAGGAUGGCAAGAGUAGAGGGCUGGGUAUUGUCAGAUACGAACAUCCCAUUGAAGCAGUUCAAGCCAUAUCCCUCUUCACGAAUCAGUUCAUGUACGAUCGACAAAUGCAUGUCCGCCUGGACAGAUGGGUUGAACCGAUGUUGCAGGACAUUCCAUCAAGACUUCCCACAGGAUUGAAGAGCAUUGGCAUUGGCAUGGGAGCACAGGGACAACCAUUGCUCAAUAUUGGGGAAAUUGCAAAUACUUUAACAUUGAGCAUAUUGCUUGGACAAACAAACAACCAACACCCACCACCAGCAAUUAACAUGAACAACAACAACAUUCCUAUGAACCAUCCCAUCCAAAAUAAUGCCAACCUUGCCACCAACCUACUUGGAAAUCUCAGCAACAAUAAUCUCGGUAAUCUCGGAAAUUUGACUAACCUGAUAAACCCUGGUGCUAAUUUGGGUGGUCUGGGUUCAGGUGCAGGGGCAUUGGGUGGUCAACUCAUACCCCAGCAAGCUAAUGCUGGUAACAUGGUCACUCAAACUGCUCAGGCCAUUUUGAAUACAUUGGGACUGAAUGCCCUUACUGGCCUUGGAGGUUUGGAUUUAGCAGCAAAUUUGGGAGGUGUUGGAGGAAUGGCUGCAGGAGUUGGCGGAAGUAAUGCAUUAGGGAUUGGAGUUCAGAAUUCUGCUGAUAUCGGGCACAGUCUCAUCAAUCAGAAUAUGUCGUUUAGUGCUAUGCAGAAUGUUGGCUAUGACAACAGAGAUGGUCGUGGUUCAAAUUUUGAUAGAAAUUCUGGUGGGGAUAUUACAGCUGUGUUUAUUAAAAAUCUCCCUUUCAACUUUUCAGCAAAUAACCUGUACGAGAAAUUCCGUGUUUAUGGUGACAUAAAGUAUGCUGACAUAAAGACAGAUUCCGCUGGCAGGUCGAGAGGCUCUGCUGUUGUUCAAUAUUUCAAUGCUGACUCUGCCCGUAGAGCUAUCUGUUUAGCACACGGAUCAAUGGUAGAUGACAGACAGAUCGAAGUCAAAUUGGAUCGUUUGGCGUGAGUGAAGUGGCUAAAUGGAGAAUAAAUUUGUUGACAAACUGAUCUUCUCCAUGUUACUCUUCAUCACCAUCAUCACAUUUGUCUUCAUUUAUCAAAUGGAUGAUAGGUAGUAAGAUUGUAUAUAUAUAUAUAUAUAUAUAUAUAUAUAUAUAUAUCAAUAUAUAUAUAUGUGUGUGUUAUAUAUUUAUAUAUGUGCAUGUAUUCUUGACAAUUUCUCUAGUAUAAAAGCGUGUUUAACUUGUAGAUGGGUUUUGUUGCUGUGGACUUUUUUAAUGGACAUCUUUUAAAAAUAAAACAACUUAGUGUUUAUUUUUAUAAUUUGCGCAUGAAUAAAUUUGGUUGUUGAUCGGUUGUCAACUGUUGCAUCUUUGCUUAUUUUAAAUUUAAGAUAUGAUAUUCAAGUUGACAGCUUAGUAAUAACGGGUUGAAUAUUGGUUGAAUGUCAUGUGAAAGAUUUUGUUGUUCAUGGUUGGUUUCAAUGACGUUAGCUGUUUUAAAUCUUUUGUUGAAUUAUUGGUUUGUGCCGACUGGACAUUCAUUUGGUACAUGUUCUGGUUGGAUUGUUUGAUGAAGUUCAUUUUUUUGGCAGGUUAGCAAUUCAUUUUAAACGUUUGAAUGUUAAUGUUUUGUAAGAGUAUCAAAUUUUAAUUCAUUGCUUUGAAGUCUGGUUCGAUUUUUCUAUUUUUAUUAACAGUUUAAAAAUCUGGCAAACAUG